UAUAUUAGCACUAUAUUAUAAUGGGGGUCUUAGUACUAGUGCUAGUUUAAUUUAAUGGAAUACUGGUCGCACAAGAAACUUGUAAAGAAAAUCCUUGGCAUGUGACGCGAAAAAAUUAAGAAAGCUAAGACAGCAAGAAGAAAACAAGAUUAUGAACAAUGGGAACAUCCAAGAAGUUAGACCAUUGACCAGAGGAUUAAUUAAAGAACUUGCAUACAUCACAUGUGGGUCUCCCCUAAUAAAACAAAGAGGUGGAAGGAAGAGAAGUGCCUUAUACUUAAAGAGAGUUUACUAAAAGACAUGAAUACGAGAGCAAGCAAUCCUUAUAUGCUCUCUUGAUUGUAUAGACCUGUCAAUUGCAUUCCAGGAGAGAACAAGAGAAAUUAUUGUCAAUUACAGCUAGUUUCUAGCACUUGACAUAUCACCUGAAGCAUUAAGCUAGCAAAGGGGUGGCCAUGGAUGCUACUAUUUCUGUUGCUGCUAAAAUUGCUGAGUAUAUGGUUGUACCUAUUGGUCGUCAAUUUGGUUACAUACUCUACUACAAGCGAAACCUUGAAAGGAUGAAAACUAAUGUCCAAAAGCUGGAGGGAACAAAAGCUAGUGUGCAACACACUGUUGAUGAGGCUAGAAGCAACGGAGAAGAGAUUGAGAAUAUUGUUCAGAACUGGAUGAACAAAGUGGACAUCAUGGUUGCUGAGGCAAAUAAACUCACUGAAUCUGAAGGCCAUGCAAAAGUUCAAUGUUCUAUAGGACACUUUCCCAAUCUGUGCACAAGGCACCAGCUGAGCAGGAAGACCAAAAACUUAAUACAAGAGAUUUCUGAAGUCCUAGCAGAAGGAAAAUUUGACAGAAUUUCUUACCGUCUUGCUUCUCAAGUGACAGUCUCGCCAUUUUGUAGAGGUUAUGAGGCUCUGGAUUCAAGAACAUCAAUGUUGAAUGAGAUUCUGAUGGAAUUAAAGAACCCCAACAUCUUCAUAAGUGGGGUGUACGGGAUGGGUGGUGUGGGGAAGACAACACUAGUGAAAGAGUUAGCUUGGCAAGCAGAGAAAGAUGGGUCAUUUGGUGCUGUAGUUAUGGCAACCAUAACUAGUUCUCCAAAUGUUGAAAAUAUUCAAGGCCAAAUUGCUGAUGCCUUGGAUCUACAGUUUAAUAAAGAGACAAAAGAGGGAAGAGCAAGACAAUUACGUGAAAGGAUAAGGAAGGAGAAGAAUAUUCUUGUUAUUCUUGAUGACAUCUGGGGGAGAAUUGAUUUGACAGAAGUGGGGAUUCCUUUUGGUGAUGAUUACAAAGGAUGCAAGUUGGUGGUGACAUCCAGAGAUCUUAAUGUGUUAAACUGUGAGAUGGGCAUUCAAAAAGAAUUUAGACUUGAAGUUUUACAACAAGAGGAUAGUUGGAAAUUGUUUGAGAAAAUGGCAGGUGAUAUUGUUCAUGAAUUAAAUAUAAAGCCAAUUGCAGUAGAAGUGGCAAGGUGUUGUGCUGGGUUGCCCCUUUUGAUAGUUACAGUGGCGAAGGCUUUGAGAAAAAAAGAUUCCUCUUCUUGGAAGGAUGCCUUAAAUCAAUUAGAGAGAUUUGAUCAAGAAGGCUUGCAUAAGAAAGUUUACUCUACCUUGGAAUUGAGUUAUAAUUGUUUAGAAAGUGAUGACCUGAAGUCACUCUUUUUAUUCAUUGGUUCAUUAGGACAGGGCAAUAUCCACACUGGAAUACUAUUUCGAUGUUAUUGGAGGUCUGGGUUUUGUAAACAUGUUCAGACAUUGACGGAGGCGCGCAACAGAUAUUUCAACUUAAUAAAUGACCUCAGGCACUCUUCAUUGUUACUUGAACUUGAUAAGGAUCGAGCAGAAAUGCAUGAUGUUGUACGUGAUGUAGCUAAAUCAAUUGCAUCUAGGUUUCAUCUUACUUAUUCUGUGAAAAGAUACACUCAAGUAAAACAAUGGCCAGAGAUAGACCAGCUUCAAAAAUGCCAUCAAAUCAUUUUCCCUUGGUCUUAUAUUGAAGAGCUUCCUGAGAAGUUGGAGUGUCCAGAGUUGAAACUACUCGUUCUUCAAACUAUAGGUGAUCAUUUGAAAAUCCCUGAUGAGUUUUUUUCUGAGACAAGAGAACUAAAGGUUCUUGAUUUGUAUGGAAUGAUGUUGACUCCUACUCCACCUCCUUCCCUUCGUCUCUUAACAAGCAUUCAAUCAUUGGUUCUUUCAGGAUGUGUGUUAGAAGACAUAUCAAUAGUUGCAGAGUUGAAAAGUUUAGAGAUUUUAAGCCUUGAAAAAUCUGAUAUUACCGACCUCCCAAAAGAAAUAGGACAACUAGCUAAUCUUCGAAUGUUAAAUUUAACAAGCUGCUCUGGACUGAGAUUCAUUCCUGCAAAUCUUAUUUCAAGCUUGACAUGCUUGGAAGAAUUGUACAUGGGCAAUUGUUUUAUCCAAUGGAAUGACGUGAGAAGCAAAGAUCAAAGGAAAAGUGCAAGUCUAGAAGAGCUAUGUAAUCUUUCUCAACUAACUACUUUGGACAUAAUGAUUCAAGAUGUUUCGGCAUGGCCACGGAACUUGCAGGUCUUUGCAAAGCUUGAGAGAUACAAUAUAUUUAUUGGUGAUAUGUGGAAAUGGACUUUGGAAUGGUCUGGAGGUGCUUCUGAAUCUUCAAGAAUACUUAAGCUGGUGGAGAGUAAGAGUACCUGCAUUCUUUUGGAUCACGGGUUUAACUUCUUGUUGAAUUCAACCGAGAAUUUGUGCCUAGCCAAAUUACAGUGUGUUAGAGAUGUCCUUUACGAGUUGAACAGUCAAGGUUUUCCACAAUUAAAACAUUUGUGCAUUCAAGACAGUGCUGAACUAAAGUACAUCGUCAACUCAACAGGGUGCAUUCAUCCCAAUCCAGCCUUCCCCAACUUAGAGACUUUGACUCUUGAAAAUCUGUUUAAUCUGGAAAAAAUAUGCCAUGGCCCAAUUCCAAUUCAAUCUCUUACCAAAUUAAAAUCUAUUGAAGUCAAAGGUUGUGAGAAGUUGAAAAAUUUGUGGUAUUCCCUCGUUAGAGACCUUCCUCAACUUCUUGAAAUAAAAAUUUCUGAUUGCAAAAUGAUUACAGAAAUCGUAGCUGUGCAAAAAUCUGAAGCCGAUAAAGAAUUCAACCAGAUUAUGUUCCCUAAAUUGCGUUCUCUUGAACUUGAACGUUUGCCAUGUCUCAUUAGUUUCUGUUCUGUGCCAUGUACAGCUGCACAAUUCACACCUUUGGCACUAAUUGAUAACAAGGUUGGAAUGCCCCACCUUGAACUCUUGAAGCUGUCAAAUAUCAACUCUAGAAAACUUUGGGAUGACAACCUUCCAGGUCAUUUUUGCAUUCAAAACAUGAGAAGUUUGACAAUUGACAAAUGUGAUGGCAUAGCGUACGCAUUCUCAUCCUCAGUGGCUAGAGAACUUGUAAACCUGAAGUAUCUUGAGUUUAGUAAUUGCCAAAUGUUGGAGGACAUCUUUGUCUCAGAUGGAAAGUUGGGUAAUCUUCCUUCAUCUCAGAAACAAUUCUCUGAUGAUGAGGUUAUAUUUCCAAACCUAGAGGCACUGGAAAUCUCCCACAUGAAACACUUAAAGUCCAUAUGGCACAAUAAACUAGCUCCAAAUUCCUUCUGCAAAUUGAAGCAGCUGAAAAUUCAAUUCUGCAAUGAAUUAUCAAAUGUAUUUCCAUCUUUCGUGCUUGCUAAAUUACAGAAUCUGGAGACAGUGACUGUAUCUGAUUGUCCUGUACUCGAACUUGUAUUUGAAACACAGAGUCUAAAACCAGACGGUGGUAGACAAACAAGUCUGGAAAUGCAAUUGCGAACUCUCACUCUGAAACAUUUACCGAUGCUGAAACACAUAUGGAGCGGGAAUCCUAAUAAAAUCUUCAAGUUUCAAAACAUCUGCCAAUUGAAAGUUACUGAAUGCAAAAACCUUAAUCAUGUUUUUCCUCUCUCUGUGGCUACAGAGCUUCAGCAUCUCCAAGUGCUUCAUAUAGAAGAAUGUGGCAUAGAGAUUAUUGUAGCACAGGAUGAAAUGGCUGACACAAAUCCAAAGCUUAUUUUUCCAAAAUUAACAUCUCUGUCUUUAAGAGAAUUGACACAACUUCGAAGCUUCUAUCAUGCAUCACAUACCUUGGAUUCUCCUGUUUUAAGAGAUAUGGAUGUGUUUCAUUGUGACAAGCUCCUACUAUUCAAAAGCAGUGUCCCAAUUGAUACACUACCCCUUCUCUCAAUUGAAAAGGUUGUCACCAACACAAGGGAGCUUAUUCUGAAUUGCAAGGAUGUCACCAUGUUAUGUAGCGGUCAACUUAAUAACGAGUCUAUCUACACAGUGAAAGCUCUUCGUCUGCGAUGUUUUCAUGACGAGUCUGAGAAGUUUCCAACUGGUUUCCUCCAAAGAUUUAUCAAUCUUGAAAAUCUUAAAGUGUCUUGUAGUUCUUUCACUGAGAUUUUCUCAAGUGGAAGCUUUGGCACUGAACAUUCUGAAAGAAAGAUGAAGUUGAGAAAACUAGUAAUUGUUGAACUAAAUAACCUCGAGUUUAUAUGUGAAGAGAAAUCUGAGAUGCAUGUUCUUCAAGAUAUUGAAAUAUUGGCAGUAUCUAAAUGCUCUAGACUGAAAAGUAUAGUUCCAUCGUCAGUCCUGUUUGGGAAUUUAGAGCAUUUGGAGGUACGCUAUUGCGCUGGAUUGGAAAAUAUUAUGAAAUCUUCAGUGGUUAUUAGUAUACAAAAACUUCGAAAAUUAUGUAUUCAUGACUGUGAAAAGAUAGAAGAAAUAAUUGCAAGUGAUGAUGAAAGUGAUGCUUCUGAGCUAGCUUUUAUGAAAUUGAAGUAUUUGAAACUGAUUAACUUACCAAGGCUUAGAAGUUUUUGCAAGGGAAAACAUAGCCUCAAAUUUCCGCUACUAAAGAAGUUAUUUGUAGUAGAUUGUCCCAUGAUGGAAACUUUCUCACAUGGAGUGUUGAAUGCACCAAAGCUCAGAGCAGUACAUGUAAAGGAAGGAGAUGAAUGGCAUUGGAAUGGUGACCUUAAUACUACUAUAAGAAAAUUUGUAGCUAAACCGGUAAUGUCUAUACAAAAUCUAUGUCUCCAAUCAUGAUUCAAAUGUUAUAGCUUGCAUUCUCACAUUGUUGUGCCUUUUCUUGUUUGCGAGUAUCCAGAACUCUAAGGGUGAUUGAGUUUGUCCUCAAAAUUCGAAGAAGGCUCAAGUAGCUGUAAUUCUUCACAACUGCUUGGUAAUUCAGAAAUUCUAUGAUGCAUAGGUACGGGUACGGUACCUGGUCUUAGUACAGAUACGAAAUACGAUAAAUAUUAAAAAUCGAAGGUACGGGUACAUUAAUGUAAAAUAUCAAAAAAAUUAGUUUUUUAGUGAAUUACUACCGUGUUGUUGUAAAAACAUGUGUUAUGGAAAAAACUCAAUUAUAAUAAAGAACGGUAUAAUACUAUUUGUAUUUUAACCAUUUGUUUAA